CCAAGGAACCAAGCAAACGGUCAAUUAGUCAUUACAUGCAACACCUGUCUAGCUUUGCAUGUAAGAAGACAACGUGUCACAAAACUGUGACAAUGCAUGCGUCCUCUUUGGACUUAUCUUGUUCUGCCCACCACCAGCUCCACACGUGUGAUUAUAUCGCACUAGACACAUAGGCAGAGUAUAUUCCUUAUAAGGACACAAUUUCGUCAAAAUACUGAAGGCAAUGCCAAUCAUGGGUGCCACCGAAGAACCUAUUCUCUCCAGACUGGAUCGCUUAGACAACAUGUUGAAAUACUUGAAUGACAUCAAAGGCCUCGACAGAUCGCCGAGGAGCUCCUGUGAGUCAACGCCAUCAAGUGGGACCCUUACAAGCGAAGGGCGUGGAUCGUCCCUUGAUUUCUCCCAAAAGAGCCUAGAGAAUCACUGCCGUCCGAUUGAGGCGGCGAUCACGCAGGCCGAGGUCAGGGGGACCCUCACCGAGAGGCUGGACCAACUGGAGUGUCGCGUGUUAAAGCUGUGUUUGCAGCUAGAGAAGGAACUGGAGGCGGAGAAAAAGAGAGAAGAAAAGAGGCUCCACAAGAAGGGACUGAAGCCACUGGUGGAGUUAUGUAUCAAAAGAGGUAAAGUAUGUAUAGGUCAUUGAAAUAUAUCUCUCGGUUUAGUAGAGGUUGCAUUGAUUGUUAACGUUAGCUUAAAAACUAUGAAAAAAAGUUGUAAUAAAAAUUGUAUAAUAAGUUGUUAGGUAUUUGACGAACUAAAAGUUGUUAUUAAUUUAUAAGCUGCUGCUACUUGUAAGCUGUCAGGGAUGUUGUGAAUCAAUGCUAAUGCAAGAUAUCUCUAGCUGUGAACUAGGGAUUAUAUGGUU